UAAAAUAAACGUAUAUUUUCCUGUUUUUCUUCACUUGUGUUUGUUGUGUUCAGUUAGUUUUUCUCCUGUUGACUCGUUAAAUAACAGUUGUAAUUUUUCAGUGUAAUUAAAUUUGUAAUGAAAGUGCGGAGGACACUCGCAAUAGGUUAGAUUCCGUGUUGUGUAAGUUUGUUUUUGUGUUUAUUUUUUCGUUUUCGUUUAUUCUUUCUUAUUGACUGUGCUAUUACUAACACCUACAGAACAAGUAAUAAUAAUAGUGUGUUUAACUCGUAGUGCCCACUGUGAAAGAGUUCGUGAUUUGAUAAAGUUACACGAAGAAGCUGUGACGGUGACAAAUACAUUUUGGAUGAAGGAUCGCUGUAACCACGAGCCUACGUGUGUCAAAUAAAGUGAUUCGGGGCCGCGGUGAAUGAAAGAUCUCUACGCAAGUUACUUCAUAGUAUUCAAGUUAAAUAAAAAGGAUUAUUUACAGCAAUGGCAAAGAAACACAAGUUUAGAUGCGUCAGAAUAAGUCAGAAAUGAAACGAACAAGCAAGCGGAAAGUAACCAACUCCUGCAAUAAUCAGGAGGUUGCUUCACCAAACAACUAGACAUGUAAAAGAAAAAUAAACUGAUCUACUCGACAGUCAUAUCAAAAACCAUAUCUCAUAUACCGAAAGAAACUUUUAAACAUAUUUUAUCCUGUGCUAGUCACCUUUUAUGUGAUUGUAGUCUUAAUAUCGCUCAAUAAAUACUUCGACAUUCCUAAAGUGAGAGUGAGUUUAGAGAAUACUCAGACGAUAUCGUAAGUGCACAUAUCAGAAGCUGCAAUAAUGUUUUUCCUAAGAAGAAGGACGUGGAUUAUAAAGACCCUGCUGGUUGGGACAGCACUAUGGUUCAUGGUAGCGCUAAUAACGCACGGAGGGAGGAACAGCAUCGAAGGCUCGGCGCAGGUGGAAUAUGACGAGCCAGAAGCAAAGUCCUUUAAAUCUUCCAAAAGGAAAAGUGAGCCGGCAGCGUACGGAAGCAACCUUUCCGAUGCCCAGAGUCAUUUCAAUUGGAUCAUACGCCUCGCAGACGACGGAGGUCUGGGCGUGUUGGCCGCGCCGGGCGCCGACACGGCCCUGGGCGAGCUCGGCAAGCCGGUGGUGCUGCCGAAGAACAUCAGCGAGGAGACCAAGCUGGCCGUCAGCGAGGGCUGGAAAAAGAACGCCUUCAACCAGUAUAUUAGCGACCUGAUCUCCGUUCGGCGGAAACUGCCGGACCCUAGGGAUGAAUGGUGCAAGGUUCCUGGGAGGUAUCUGACGAAUCUACCUCAAACAUCUGUCGUCAUCUGUUUCCACAAUGAGGCCUGGUCUGUGCUGCUUCGCACAGUCCACUCUGUCAUCGAUCGAUCUCCAGAACACUUGUUAAAGGAAAUCAUCCUUGUUGAUGAUUUUUCUGAUAUGCCGCAUUUGAUGCAACAGUUGGAUGAUUACAUGUCUUCGCUGCCAAAGGUCAGAAUUAUUCGCGCCAACCGACGUGAAGGUCUGAUUCGUGCAAGACUUCUUGGAGCUCGAUAUGUCACAGCCCCGGUGUUAACGUACCUUGAUAGCCAUUGCGAGUGUGCAGAAGGUUGGCUCGAACCCUUGUUGGACCGUAUAGCAAGAAACAAAACAACGGUAGUGUGUCCUGUCAUUGACGUUAUAGACGAUGCUACUCUGGAGUUCCACUACAGAGACUCCAGUUCGGUCAAUGUAGGUGGCUUUGACUGGAAUCUCCAGUUCAAUUGGCAUCCGGUUCCAGCACGAGAAAGAGCCAGACAUUUACACACAGCUGAACCAGUGUGGUCCCCUACUAUGGCAGGUGGACUGUUCUCAAUAGACAAAGACUUCUUUGAAAAACUUGGAACCUACGACAGUGGUUUUGAUAUCUGGGGUGGCGAGAAUUUAGAACUAUCGUUCAAAACUUGGAUGUGCGGUGGCACACUUGAAAUAGUCCCUUGCUCUCAUGUGGGUCAUAUAUUCAGGAAGAGAUCUCCGUACAAAUGGAAGAGUGGAGUGAAUGUUUUGAAGAAGAAUUCAGUCCGUUUAGCUGAGGUUUGGCUGGAUGACUUUGCCAAAUAUUAUUACCAAAGAGUCGGUAACGAUAAAGGUGAUUUUGGAGACAUCAGUAGCAGAAAAGCUCUCAGAGAAAACCUUGGAUGUAAAUCUUUCCAUUGGUAUUUGACAAACAUCUACCCUGAGCUCUUCAUUCCCGGAGAGUCGGUUGCCCAAGGCGAGAUUCGUAAUGUGGGCUUCCCCAAAGCGUGUUUGGACUCCCCGGUGCGAAGGCAGGACCUCCAUAAGGCGGUGGGAAUUUAUAUGUGUCACCGACAAGGAGGAAAUCAGUACUGGAUGUACUCCAAGCAAGGCGAGAUACGCCGAGACGAGGUGUGUCUCGACUACUCCGGGUCCAAUGUGGUUCUGUACCCGUGCCACGGGGCUAAGGGGAACCAGCUCUGGAUUUACAAUGAAGCGACGAAGCAGAUCCAGCACGGCUCCAGUGAGAAGUGCAUGGCCGUCUCCAAGAAGAAGGACGGCAUCGUGAUGGAGCACUGCGACGUGCUCGAAAAGCGGCAGAAGUGGAGCCUCGAGAACUUCAAGGCGGAACGGAUGAAGGGACUCGUCAGCAAAUAACCGGAGGCCUACGAUGAGUUCCUCUUCAUAUAAAAACCGGUUCCAUGAACGGUCAGGUUGAUGGUGUUAGUGCAAAUGUUAAUAUUAGUGAUAAUGUUAUGAAUGCACUCGUUGCGGACUGCAAAUGUGCUUGUACGGAUGUGUUUGUUAAGUUAGUUGGGGAUGAAACUGUUUUGUUACCGUCACGUGUUUAGUGUGAUGGACUAUUCCUUAAAACGGCUGUUUUGUGUAUUAUGUUUUCGAAUGACAAAAUAGUUGGGACUGUAAAUUUUAGUAAAUAUAACUUAGGUAGGAUUUUAUCUGUCUCUAUAGGUUGAUGGGCAGCCAAAUUGAAACAAUAGGAUUGUAUUUGUUGUGAGGUUAUGCCGUCUAUAGACGGUCACUGCCCAUCGAUCAGUUCUAAGGCUGGGUGUUCACUUGUUGAGCUACUGUCACUUUUUCUAUAGGUCCGGCCUAAACGAUUGGUUUGUUAAAAUUCAUAUCACUAGGUAUUUUUUAUAUUUUAAUGUAAAAACUAAAGUUUUCGUUGCUCAUAUUUUAACAUAUCGAUUUACUGUUAAAAAUUACUUGUUAAUAAUACUUAAUAGUCAUAUCAAAAAUGGUAUUUUUUGAAGUUCAAUAAGAUAAAGUAUUCAGUGUUGAGUAUUAGAAAUCCCUAGUUAUAAAUUGGUAAACUAGUGUAAUAAUUAAUUAUGUCUCGUCUUGUUUGUAUAUUGAAUGUCAUCGAAGGUGCAACUGUUUGAUAGUCGAAUGAAUGUGCUUCUAAAUAUUAAAUGUGAUUUAUUCAUGAUUUAGUCAAUUUGCACUGAGCGUAUUUUUUAUGUAUCAAAAUACAUUCCAUUCCGUACAGUUCAUUACAAAUCAUUCAUAUUCUGAUAACUACUUUUAUAUUCAUCUACAGAUUUUUAGAAUCAACCCUUCUCGACCAGCGAACUGCCAGCAAUUUUAUUUGCUAUGUGGCAGUACUCAAAUUAGUAUUUUUUUU